CUCUCUCCGCACCUCUCCGCGGCAAACCAGCCUCGCAGCGUCGCCCAUCGCGUCUGGUCCUUGUUCUGCUCCGGCAUCCCGCUUCGAGCCCAUCGCCUUCGCCGCCCGCCUCUCUUCUGCCGCUGUUUCAUCUCGUGUGCGUGGCCAUGUCGUCCUCAUCGCGCGCCGCCAGCAGUCCGUCCAGCGCCAUUGUGUGGCAUCCCCACCAGGCGCUGCUCAAGGCGCUCUCCGGCGGCAACCUCAUCCCGCUGCCCUCGCUCGACGGCAUCGAAGGCGCGGCGGAUCAGUGGCGGCGCAUCAGCGAGGGCGUCACCAUCACCACCCGCGAGGGCAAGAAGGAGCCCAUCAUGCAGGGCGACAAGAUCCUCCACCCGCUGCAGUCCAUCGGGACGACCCCCAUCAGCGGCUACCAGAAGAUCACCAACACGGAGCAUCUACUACAGCAGCUACAGCAACCCCCACACGGACAUCGACCCCAAUGUCCAUGUCGGCGUCGUGUCCGAGGAUCAGAGCAGCAGCUACGGCAGCUACUCGGGCAUGGUGUGUUUCAUGCUGGUGGGGUGGCUACAGGAGACCAAGAUGCACACGCUCGUCAAGGUCUUCACCACCGGCAUCACAAGCUGAGACGAGGACACCGACCCACUCUACCCUGCCUAUGAGCGCGCCAAGGAGGUGACGAAUUGCAGGAGUGACAAGGUGGUGUGUGGGGGUGGUGCCGUGUAUGACCGGUACGACUGCUCCUAUAAGGGGAUCGAUGGACUGACACACCAGCGCCUGAUCAUCCUCACCAGCCGGAAGGGGCUGGGGUGGGGCGAGGAGGGCGACUUCGUGGCCAUCCUGCUCGAGUACUUCGCGGGCGAAGGGGGGGACGGUUCGAUGGUCCAGGUCUUCACCAGCGAGGCGCGCCCCUGGGGCAAGACCGCCGUGGUGGUCAAGGGCGUGCUGGGCGAGGAGCUGGGCAAGGAGGUGUGGGCGGAGAUGAGGGGCGGUCGGUUGUAAGGCCCAUAGCCUUUUGGAUGGAUGGAUGGAUGGAUGUCUAGUAGCUGUCUUAUCACAUGGCUGCCUAGCCCACACUGAUGGUGCCGCUUUCUCACUGCAUGAACGUCUGUUUGUGUAUAACGUACAUACCUAUCUCUCUGUCAGUCACUCGUCCGUCCGUCAUCUCUAUGGACCUAUAGGCCAGUAUGUGUAUAUAUACGCCCUUCAUGUGGAUGACAGAGACAUGACUGGAUAGCCAUCGUGCCUUGCCGUGCCGCCCACACAGAUUUUGCUGCCCAGUGCCGACGACAUGAGAUGUCUUGGGGCGUUGUGUCUGGCCAGAGGUAGUCACAUCGGUGUGUGCAUGUCUGUGUGUGUGGAGGAAUGAUGACUUGAACGAUAGAUACGUCAGAGACAACAAAAGAGCUUGACUUAUCUCAACGUCAAC